UCUAGUUGACAGGGCAGGGAUAUUUUGAAUCGCCUUUUCAGGAUAAAAGGAUUGGCCCUUUUCACGUGCCGUAGUUCGGUUGCUUAGAAACAGCUCAAACAACCUGAUGCGUGUGAAACUGAGGCGCUGGUCGUCAGAUAACGCUAACUUUGUUUCACCUCUUAAUACUAAACAGCCGCUCUCAUUAUGAAUAAAGACUUAAGCGAAGGAGCGCUGCAAGACCUUUACGCUUGGAUAGAUAAAAUAAAACUCUCCAGACCUAAAAGAAACAUAGCCCGCGACUUCAGUGAUGGAGUUAUGGCUGCUGAAGUUGUGAAGCACUUCUACCCCAAGCUAGUGGAGCUGCACAACUACACUCCCGCACACUCUACUCAACAAAAGCUGAGUAACUGGAACACUCUGAACAGGAAAGUCUUCUCCAAGCUGAAUUUCCACAUACCAGAGGACACAGUGAAGAAGAUAGCACUGAGCACUCCAGGCAGCAUUGAGUCAGUGUUGUGUGCACUCAGAGAGAGACUAGAGGACAGGCAAGCGGGAAGAGUUCCAGACGGCACACAAGAUUUGGAGUACUACAGCACUGUGAAUGAAAAAACACACACAGAAAAUCGCCAGGUUACUCUUGAGACCUCUAACAAGACAGCAGCCCAUGUAAAAAAGGCACAUAAAUCCAGUCCUCUUAUAGUACCAGGCCAAAAUGUGGACCCAGCCUUCCGCUUGCUUUUGGAGGAGAAGGAGCAAGCUCUGUUAGCUUUGCAGGAGACUGUAGAGAUAUUACAGAUAAAGGUGAACAGGCUGGAGCAUCUGGUCCAUCUGAAGGAUCUGCGUAUCGAGGACCUGACAAAACACCUGGAGCGAUACAAAACACGCAACAACAUCCCGUGAUGAAUAUUCAGGGACACAGCACUAUAGCUCAGUAUAAAGGUGUACAAAGACUGGAUGAUAAAAAUUCAUAACGUUAACAAUACAUUAUCUGAUUUUCCAGACUUGCAAUUUU